AUGAUCCGUCGCUCCAUCUCCCAAAUCUUCCAAACAAACAGCCCCAAUGAACAAACCACCAACCAAGAACCCGAACACAUCCAAACCAUGAUUUCGAGUCUAGGCGGUAGACGGCCUACGCUCCCUACACCCUCCCAAACCCCACUAAACCAACAACCCUCGCUCCCGCACACGACCAGCACGCCUAAUCCUAACGCCUGGAUCGCUUCCUUCACUCGCCAGCAGCCGGCCUCACAGAUCGAAGCUAUGCCACCAAAUGCGAAUACAAAUCCAAACUCUCAGCCUUUUAGAGUCCCAAGAGUGAUACUCGAUCCAGCGAGACGCCAUCCGGUAUUUUUUACAGAGAGAUUGAAGAGGGCGCCGCAUGGGGUUGGUGGAGGGGUAGGAGGGGUGGCGGAAGGUUAUGUGUGGGAGGAGGGGAGGAGGGAUGUGAGUGUUGGGAAUGGAGCUGGGAGUAGGCUUUGA